AACGGCGACGGACAACAACAAUAUCCGAGCCGAAAUGAGAUCAUACGCACCGUAGUGAUAACAACAACCGGACUGGAAAUUUGGCACGCUACUGCUUGCGGCGAGACGACAAUCACUCCGACUAAAUGUCACGAAAAACGGGAUCAUUUUUCCAUUAUUUCUGGCCGUUUUCUGAUGACUCGCGUGACUCAACCUUAGAAAUAUGAAAGUUAUAUGAAGUGGCAAUUACAGCUAUUGUUGAUGUUUGGGUGUGUCACAUGCCAUGAGGCAAUCAAUACAUGUUGAGAACUGGAGAAGCAACUCGUAAUCGUACAGGAGAUAAGACGGAAUAACAUCUAGUUGCCACUACAAAUAAGAGUCGAGAGACGAGCAUUCACAUCUUUUGUCCUGGAAUUCGUCUCGAUCUACAGCACAAUGGAGAACACCUCGCAUGACUAUCAAGAUGAUUCCAGCACCUUGGAUGAAAAAGAGAGAUCACAUCUGGAAGAGACAAUCAAGAACCAUGGACAACAUCAGGAUCAAACAUCAGCCAACAUUUCUCCUCAAGGGCGUGUGCGGCUCUAUUCGGAAUCUCAAGUGUAUACAGUCAGUCGCUGGCAGGACGCGGAGCCCCAGGAUGGAGCAUCGGCAGAGGAGAACGGAGAUGGACUUCCAUUCAGAGGUCGUUCUCAAUCAGCUCCUGCUGCACUGUGGAAAGCAAAAAAGUAUGGCCGUCAGUUGAGGAGAAUGAGCGAUGAAUUUGACACUUGGCUCGAUAAAGGGGUCAAGAGAGCGAACAGCCAGAAACAGACCUACCGAGGAUGGUUUUCGUUCCUCUGGAGUCCCAAAGAAGAAGAGGGCAGAGAAUGAAGAAGUCCUGCUUUAAGCACCAGGAUAACAGUUAGUAGAGAGAAGCUGCUCUCAGAUGAAGGCUGGUCUGAUCACCAUCAUGGCCUUUUUGUAAUCAAUGUGCUCAAGCUAUUGCAUAAAACCAAUCUGAGAGAGUGGUAAAAGUGUCGUAUCUUAAUUUACCACUGCAAUAACGUACGUUUAAUUAAAGGAAUUGUCAGUGUUAUUUCAAUUUGACAAUCUUAAAAUGGACAAUCUCUCCUAAAAAGUAACAAUUCAUUGGACAAUCUUUUAAAAUACAGAAACAAAAAAAAAGAAUUCUCUAUUUAAAAACUAUUUAUUGAUAUUUAUUAAGUUAAUAUUUGGCAAAGAAAUGUGUUAUAUGAUGUAUUUUAUAGAUGGAUAUAUAGAUGUGCGUUUUUGUUGUGCUAAAAGGCUGGAGCGGUUGUUUGCAAAUUGUAAAUAUAUUUCAAGGACUGUGAAUUUGGGUAAAGUAAGUCGUAAACUAAGUACAGGUUAGUGACGGUAACAAUAAUACGGGUAAUUUCAGUUCAUUCUACAUCUCAGGUUUGUUUGUUAAUGCCAAACUGUUGUGGUGAAUUACUAGUAAGAGUGAAUGAAAUCAGUUGUUCUGCUAUGUCUUUUACAGUGACUAUACUUGGAUAUGCCACAGAGAAAACUGAACGUUUUAAUUGAUACUUUCAUAGCUUUUGUAAUUCAUCACUGCCUUUCUUGUACAUAUUUUUUUAAAUUGUAAAGUUGCCUGUUGUCUCUAUUGGAUUUUUUUUUCUCUUUUAUAGCCCAUCUGCUGGUCUUGUAUGUAAAACAACAUUAAAUUUCUGCCAAAAUGUGGGAAAGCAAAUAUGUGCAGAUGGACAACACAAGUGCCGUUUCUGUACAUGCAGCCUUGCAGAUGGUUUAUGUGCUUCGUUCCUUUUUUACACUCUUUGUACAUAUUUAUACUUGUUAACAUAGAUUGAGUAUUGGAUGAACUGUUUAAAUACUUUUUAAACCAAUCAAGUUUUUAUCUUUUUUCUAUAAUUUUGUUGUCAAAAUAAACAUUUUAUGGCUGAA